AGUUGCUGUCGGGCAACCGGCGAUAAACGACGCUUUUUUAUACGAUCUUGGACAACAUCACUGAACUGAUUACGGUGCAAAGAAGGAGCUUCUAAGUGAAAAAACAACAGGUGGAAAAUUUUGUGUGCGGUGAAAAUUGUGCAGAAAGUGUAAGAACAUGCUGGAUCCUUAUGUUAAUACGACCAUAAGUGUGCUGGGAGAAGCCAACUCCAGCUCGUUCUUCAGCGAAACUUGGCAUGCCUUUCUCGACGUUGUUGGUGACAAUCCAGAUAACAUCUACCUUUGGUUCCUGACAGCAUGGGCUUACGGUCUCUUCUGGAUCAUCGGCGGAUUGUUUGUCUUCAUGGAUGUCACCAACAAACCAGCCUUCAUGCGAAAAUACAAAAAUCAACCCGGCACAAACGAACCACUCGAAAUGGACAAACUGAAAAAUCUGGUAAAAACGGUACUCAUCAAUCAAUUUGUUUGGGGUCUCCCGACAACCUUUGCUACGUAUUACGCCCGUAAGUUCCUGGUCAACGAUAUACCGGACAUUCGAGAGCUGCCGUCAAUCGAUAUCAUCAUACGGGACCUCCUGAUAUGUAUUCUUGUUUGGGAGAUCACCUUCUACUAUAGCCACCGUCUCCUGCACUCCAGCUUCUUUUACAAACACAUCCACAAGAAGCAUCACGAGUGGUCAGCACCCGUCGCGUGGGCCGCAAUGUACGCUCAUCCGUUCGAAUACAUCAUCAGUGAUUUACUCCCGGUGUACGCAGGACCUGCAUUGUUGAUCAGUCAUCCGGUGACAAUUGCGCUCUGGUUUGUGUUUGUCAUGAUGGACACAUUGGUGGAUCAUUCCGGUUACCAUUUACCUGUACUCGGUAGUUCAGAGCAGCAUGAUUAUCAUCAUUUGAAAUUCAACCAAUGCUACGGACUAUUCGGCUGGUGGGACACUCUUCAUGGCACGAAUGAAGAAUUCCGGAAAAAGAAACAAUAUCUACGCAAUAAGCGAAUAUUCUCGACCAAAUCCGCCAGAGAAAUUAUUCCGGAUGAGUGAAAACCAAGUGUCCACAAUUUGUACAGCAUCUUUAAUUGAGGUGGAAAAAGGGAAUCACUUUUUGGUGACUUAUUUCUGAAUAAUAUCUACGUUGUUAAUGUUAGUCUUAUAUAUCGCAAGUAUGGAUAUUCAAAUUACUAGUCUAGUUUUAACUGAUACCAUUUUAGGUUUAUUAUUGUUAGUUUUAUGGUGAUGAAAGAUAAAAAAUGGCUCAAUUUAAAAAAAAUCGGAGCAAGUUCUUCACCGAAAAAACGACACCAAUGAUUGGAUUGAGCAUUCAAAAUAAUUAACGAAUUCUGAAAUUAUCAUAGCUGAACAAAAACUGAUAUCAUGGUACUGAUACAUAAUGUAAAUAUGGAUUCAAAUGGUAUUUCCAAACAGAUUGUGAAGAAUCUAUUUAAAAAUAAUAACAUACUACGGGUUACUCGAAUAAAUUUAUAUUUACUAUA